GAGCCUCUAUCAGACAAAAGGUGCGUAGAACAUCCAUGGCAAUAUAUGAUGUCUUCGUAGAUAAAUUUCGCUCAUCAUUUCUUCAUCUUCUUCCUAGUCAUCCUAUUCAUUGCUCCAGAUUAUUAAUCUCAGUUUCUUCUUUGGAGUCUUCAGGGAAGUAA